CCUCUGAUUCCUGGAAUGCUAAAUCUGGACUGAUGGACAUUUCAGAACUUUGCAUCCCUGAGCCUCUCAACUAUCAUAACCAGAAGUCGUUGUCGCACACUUUAGGGCGAUUGCUCAGUCCGUUGGCUUCCCUGGAUCCCUCCCAUUUCUGGCUGCUGAACAGGAUGGCGGCUGACGAGAGGCACCUGCCCUCCAGCUGCGGCUCCUACAUCAAGACGGAGCCCUCCAGCCCGUCCUCGCUCAUCGACACCGUGAGCCACCACAGCCCGAGCGGCAACUCGGACGCCAGCGGCGGCUACGGCAGCGGCCUGACCGGCGGCCACCCCAACGGCCUGGACUCUCCGCCCAUGUACACGCCGGCCGGCCUGGGCCCCAACGGAGCCUGCCGCAAGCGCUACGAGGACUGCUCCAGCACCAUCCUGGAGGACUCGCCCAUCAAGUGCGAGUACAUGCUCAACUCCAUCCCCAAGCGCCUGUGCCUGGUGUGCGGCGACAUCGCCUCCGGCUACCACUACGGAGUGGCCUCCUGCGAGGCCUGCAAGGCCUUCUUCAAACGCACCAUACAAGGUAACAUCGAGUACAGCUGUCCAGCCACAAAUGAGUGUGAGAUCACCAAGCGGAGACGCAAGUCCUGCCAGGCCUGUCGCUUCAUGAAGUGUCUUAAAGUUGGCAUGCUGAAAGAAGGCGUGCGUCUGGACAGAGUGCGUGGGGGUCGUCAGAAGUACAAGAGGCGGCUGGACGCUGAGAGCAGUGCGUAUUUGGGCCUCACCGUCCCUCCUCCUGCAAAGAAACCCUUGACGAAGAUCGUGUCUCACCUGCUGGUGGCGGAGCCGGAGAAGAUCUACGCCAUGCCCGACCCCUCCAUGCCCGAGAGCGACAUCAAGGCCCUCACCACACUCUGUGACCUGGCCGACCGCGAGCUGGUGGUCAUCAUCGGAUGGGCCAAGCACAUCCCAGGCUUCUCCAGCCUGUCGCUGGGGGACCAGAUGAGCCUGCUGCAGAGCGCCUGGAUGGAGAUCCUGAUCCUGAGCAUCGUGUUCCGCUCGCUGCCGUACGAGGACGAGCUGGUGUACGCCGAGGACUACGUGAUGGACGAGGAGCACUCGCGCCUCACCGGCCUGCUCGACCUCUACCUGGCCAUCCUGCAGCUGGUGCGCAAGUACAAGAAGCUCAAGGUGGAGAAGGAGGAGUUCGUCACCCUCAAGGCCAUCGCGCUCGCCAACUCAGACUCCAUGCACAUAGAGGACCUGGAGGCGGUGCAGAAGCUGCAGGACUCGCUGCACGAGGCGCUGCAGGACUUCGAGGGCGGUCAGCACGCCGAGGACCCGCGGAGAGCCGGCAAGCUGCUGAUGACCCUCCCGCUCCUGCGGCAGACCGCCACCAAGGCCGUGCAGCACUUCUACAGCAUCAAGGUGCAGGGCAAGGUGCCCAUGCACAAACUCUUCCUGGAGAUGCUGGAGGCCAAGGUCUAAGAGAGGGGAGGAGAGGAGAGGAGAGGA